CGACUUGGAAUUAUUCUAGCGACGUUCGUGUCGCGACGUUGGCGCCACUGCUAUUCAAAAUAUUUUGAACGCGUCCCAACGCAACAGUUAUAUGGUUAUCAAUGGUUAUGAUUAUUAUGAUAUACUGGAGUAAAUCGUACAACCAGUUGCAACACUUGCAACCAGUUUAGACUCAAAGCAGACAUAAGUUAUUAUUUACUCGAACUUGUUCGCAAGUGCAAUGGCUAUUGAGGGGCUUAAGUGCAAUGUACUUGACAUCUUCCAAAAUGACUACAACAUUAAGGAUAAAUGGAUAUCGUCGUGUCGAGAGUUUCGGCUACGUGUCGACGCCAGGAUCGAACAGGGGCACCUCUAUGAAAAGGAUUGUAGUAAAAAAAAAUCUGUCUACACUGACAAGAUGUCAGAGUUGCAACAGGAAAUUAGCACAACAAAAUCUAACAUAGACUCUGUCAUAUUGCAACAGAAAAUAAUGGAUAAGAAGAUAUCAAACGUGAUAAAGUUACAAGAGGAUCUGAAGGAUGAGCUGGAAAAGGCAAAGGCACGAAAAGAAGUCUUGUUGCUGGAAAUGGUGGAUCUACAGUAUGAAGUAGAAGAAAGAAAGAAAAAGAAAAUCUUACAAUGGGACGCCAUUAAACGUGCAUGUAACAUUUACAAAGUACAUUUGGAUGUAUAUAUAAGUCUUCAAGAGGAUGAGGAUUGUCAGUUCAUAAAAAUAUCCUUUUUCACAAACAACGAAGAGACAAAGAAUAAAUACUUUGUUCAAUUAUCAUACAGUGAUAACCACUGCACAGUCGAACGAAUUGAACCGAGAAUAAACAAAGAACAUUUCAACGAACUAAGCAGUAUAAAGGAUUCUUCUGAACAUUCCAAAGUUUCGGAUAUUACUUUGUUUCUGUGUCAGGUACGAAGUUUAUUUCUAAAGCAUUACAUGAAAACGUAG